AUGAGUUGGGAUGGUUUUAAAAAAGCAAUAAAUAGGGCAGGUCAGUCUGUUCAUGUUAAGAAUAUUGAUAAGACUGUUGAUAAGAAUUAUGAUAUUGAAGAACGGAGGUAUAGAUCGUUGGAAAAAUGUGGUGAAGCUAUUUGCUUGGAAGCUAGAGGGUAUCAUGACUCAUUGAAACAAGUGGCUCAGUCACAAUUGAAAAUAGCUGAAGUAAUUUCUUCACUUUACGAUGAUACAAAUAAUGGUGCGACUGGUAGUUUUAAUGUUGGCAAAUCAUACUUUGACACAGUAACUGAGUUUGAUGAAGAAAUAAUUAAACAAUUGGAUGUUCCGUUUAUGGAAACUGUCAUUACUCCCUUAGAGAAAUUUUCAUAUUAUUUUAAAGAAAUAGAUGAUGCGAUUACGAAAAGAGACCAUAAGAAACAGGAUUACGAUGCUGCCAAAUCUAAAGUAAGAAGAUUGACUGAAAAACCAACUAAAGAUUCAGGGAAAUUACCGAGAGCAGAAAAAGAAUUAGAAAGUGCCAAAGAUGCAUAUGAACAAUUGAAUGAACAAUUGAAGAGUGAGCUGCCUCAAUUAUUGAGUUUAAGGGUUCCUUAUUACGAUCCAACUUUUGAAUCUAUGAUCAAAAUUCAGAUGAGAUUCAGCACAGAAGGUUACACUAAACUUGCCCAAGUUCAACAAUAUCUGGAUCAGCAAGCAAGGGAUGACUAUGCAAAUGGAUUAUUGGAUGCAAAACUUGAUGAAAUACUUCAGAAAAUGAUGCAACUGGAUAUCUGUACUCUAGGAUAUAAAUGA